AUGACAAGCCCCCAGGCCUUCACGGAGUACGUGCGCGGUCCUUUGCGGCAAGAACUCUUAAACUCUGCGACAAGAUUCUCCACCACCUACAUCUUUUGGAUGACAGCGCCGGCGAUAGUGGCAGCACUCGAAGAUCACCUGGCGCUUUGGAAGGCUAGGGUUCCCGUGAGAGCUGCAGCUGCCCAUUUUGUGGCCGUGGUGCUUGGAGACUACGCAUUGUGGAUGUCCCUCUGUAUGCGGAUGCUCAUAGCCCUUUGCUUCUACUUCGAUGCCAAAUGCCGCUGGAAGAUCGUCGACUACCUGUUGACAGUUCUUAUACAUGUGAUCUUCUGUGGCUCUGCCUUCGUCGGCGAACUCAUAGGCACGGAGGCUAGCAGAAGAGGCCUUUGGACGGCUUGUGCUUUCAUGGUCUUUGCGGGCGCGCUCCUUGUUGGAAUGAUGCGCCUGACGUGGAGAGCUUGCAGAGUUUAG